UGCAAAGAGGACCCAACACAAGACUAGCUAGUGGUGUUUUCCUUUCAUCGUCUUCCUCUUGAAGGUAUUGAGGUUGUUUGUUAUGUGUUUGCCAGAGGGAGAGAGAGAGAGAGAGAGAGCCAUGGCACUGGAAGCAGUGGUGUUUCCACAAUCACAAGACCCAUUUGGUGGUUACGGAUCAGUGAAGGACUUCUACAACUGCACUUUCUUGGCUGCUACUUCACCUAACUGGGGGGACUAUGAACACAUCAACAUCAACAUCCACAAAGAAGAAGAACAAGGUUCCAUCUCUACUUUUCUCGAUAAUAGUAACAACCAACCAGACAAUUACCCUUAUGGAGGAGAUUGGACCAGCUCCUCAUCCUCUAUCUUACCCCACUUGAAUGAUCUUCAAGAACCCACAGACCCCAGUAACGCCACUCACAGCUUGGAUACCUUAACCACUCGUCCCAAGAGGCGCAGAGCCAAAAGCAGAAAGAACAAGGAAGAAAUUGAGAACCAAAGAAUGACUCACAUUGCUGUCGAGCGCAAUAGAAGAAAGCAGAUGAAUGAGUAUCUUUCUGUUCUUCGCUCUCUCAUGCCGGACUCUUAUAUCCAAAGGGGUGAUCAAGCUUCUAUAAUUGGAGGUGCUAUUAACUUUGUGAAGGAGCUUGAACAGAGGCUGCAUUUUCUUGGUGCUCAGAAAGAAGGAGAGGGGAAAUCUGAUGCUGGUGGUGCAACGAACAUGCCCUUUUCUGAGUUCUUCGCCUUUCCGCAGUAUUCAACAAGUGGUGGUGGUGGUGGUGGCUCUGAUAAUUCUGCAACCGUAGGUGAAGACGUGGGUGAAGUUAAGUCUGGCAUUGCUGACAUAGAAGUGACAAUGGUGGAAAGCCAUGCAAAUCUCAAAAUAAGAUCCAAGAAGCGCCCGAAGCAACUCUUGAAGCUGGUCUCUGGUUUGCAUACUAUGCGCCUCACAAUCUUGCACCUAAAUGUUACCACCACCGGUGAAAUUGUACUCUACUCUCUAAGUGUUAAGGUAGAAGAUGAUUGCAAGUUGGGAUCCGUUGAUGAUAUUGCUGAAGCUGUGUACCAGACGCUGGAUAGGAUUCAGCAAGAGGCAGUGUUGAAUUAAGAUGAGACGAUGAGCACCAAAUUUGGCUUGCUCCACUUGGUUUUUAACCUUACUUCAUGGUGGAUCAUUAUCUCUUGCUAUUUUUCUCUUUCAAGAUGUACCUAAUUAUUGCAACUUCUAUUCACUUCACCCUUUUUUAAUCUACUGAUGGUGCCCUGAUGUGGACUCCUUGGAGGAAGUUUUUUGGUUUAUUCCUUCUUGUGUAUGUCUUUGUAGCUCACGAACUUACUUUUGAUCUCUCUCUUUCUCUUUCUUCUCUUUUUCUCUGAGGUAGGGGUGGAGGAGGCUCUGUGGUAUAUUGUUCUUGAGACAUAUUCUAGUGCUUGGUCAAUUUUGCCCACUUUGCUUUGAAAUUGGUGGGUCUUGUCUACCUCAACUAUAAGCCAAAGCCUAAUUGUCAAGCUGAAAUUGGGAGCAUCUCAAAAUAAAAUUGAAUGAAAAUGAGAGCCAAAGAUUUUUGGCAAUUGUCACAUAUAAUCAAUACUCCAUUUUUCUUUCUUUUAUUUGGCUGUCAUAAUUCAAUAAAUCUGUUCUAAAUUACUCAUCAAUUCCCUGUAAAUGUCAUCAGAGGCUUAAACUCCAUCACUUUAAACUGAUUCUAUGUUUAUCAUCAGAACUAACAUGCACUUGAAUUGAAGGUUAUUUUUUGUGUAAAAAUGGAUUAAAGGGAGAUAGUAACGAGAGUUUGCAUUAUUUUCUGUUCCGAAUUUGUAGCAAAAGGUUGUAACUGUCGAAGGAGACCCACCUACACCGUAGUCUGUACCAAGUAAGUACUAAGUAGAGUUGCAUUGCAGGGGAAGGCUGCGGAGCACAGCUUGAAAAGGGCUUACCUUUCUCUGUGCAUUGUGUUGCACGCAGAACAAUAAAUAAAGGGUCCAUCUUUUAUGACCAUUAUCAUCAUCAAGAUGGGAAUACUGAAUCCAUGAUGCAUGUGUCUGAGAGUACGUGUAUGUAUUCUAUCACGGAUUCUUAGUUCCCAUUCUGUGUAUAAUUAUAUGAUAACUUAGAAAAAAAUGCAAAUGAUUAG